UCUUAGUUCUAUGGCUCACCUAUCUAAACUCUAGUUUUAAAAUCAAUGGAAAUAAAGAAUUAAUCUUUUGUAGCUUUGAACUAACCCUAUUGUGAAUUAUUUGUAUUUAUGAAUUUUAUCUAAAUAUCUGUCAUAGAUUUCUUGGUGAGCCAUAGAACCAAAACUACUUCACUUUUUACUUGUAUCCCCAACGGUGAGCAUCCAAUUAUUUCCCAUAAAAGACAUUUGAACUCCAACGAAAUUCCCCACUUUGUUCUUUUCUUUGGCGCCAACUUCUACUUUCUCAUAUACUGAGGAAUUAUAAUAUCCACAUACAUUCCAUACCUGCAACGUAAGUUGGGUGUUCUGUCAUCUAUACAAAACAACAAAAUACAGUCCACAAAUUCCCUCCGGGUAUUGGUGACAAUUGUGCACUCCACCAUCUCUCUUGGACUCCACCAAAUCCAGCUGCUGUCACCAACGACCCCCAGCCCCCUUUUUACAUGGUCCAUCGAUCCUCCAACAUGGUAAGCUCGAGAAGAGAGCAUGCAGAACAGCGAAAAUCAUCACCAAACAAAAAUGGAGAAAACAGAAGAUCAUCCCUUACACGUCGGUCACGUUCCCCAAAUGUCUACAGGUGCAAACUAUGCGAUAGAUUCCAUGCACUUAAAGUUUGCCCUACAUUUUUAAGUAUGAGCCCAAAACAAAGGAACAUUUUCGUCCUACGUGAAACCUACUGUGCGAAUUGCUUGGCACGAAGCCAUAGAUUUCGGGACUGCAGAUCCAGAAACAUGUGCCGUAUUUGUGCCAGGCCCCACAAUACUUUACUGCAUCCUAACUACAUCAAUCGCAAACCGAAUCAAUCUAAUGGGAAAACCACCAAGCACAAAACGACUGGCAGUCUUCGCAGAGCAGCCUACAAUAACAGCAACACGGGUCAAACGACACCAGACAAUAAUGUAGCAGCGGCAAACCAGAAGAUUCUGUCUGAGGCAAUUCGGGCCUUGGCUUCCGUGCUUUGUUGACACCAAAAUAACUUUUUGUUGCCCGGCAGCAUGUCUAAACUCAAUGUUUAGACUUAACUAUUUUGAAUUUGAAUAUAACUGACUCUUAGUUCUAUGGCUCACCUAUCUAAACUCUAGUUUUAAAAUCAAUGGAAAUAAAGAAUUAAUCUUUUGUAGCUUUGAACUAACCCUAUUGUGAAUUAUUUGUAUUUAUGAAUUUUAUCUAAAUAUCUGUCAUAGAUUUCUUGGUGAGCCAUAGAACCAAAACUACUUCACUUUUUACUUGUAUCCCCAACGGUGAGCAUCCAAUUAUUUCCCAUAAAAGACAUUUGAACUCCAACGAAAUUCCCCACUUUGUUCUUUUCUUUGGCGCCAACUUCUACUUUCUCAUAUACUGAGGAAUUAUAAUAUCCACAUACAUUCCAUACCUGCAACGUAAGUUGGGUGUUCUGUCAUCUAUACAAAACAACAAAAUACAGUCCACAAAUUCCCUCCGGGUAUUGGUGACAAUUGUGCACUCCACCAUCUCUCUUGGACUCCACCAAAUCCAGCUGCU